AUGCGACUCGGAUGUGCCAAGGUUCUAAAGUCCAUUCAACAUCCUUGUUCAUCACAACUGCCAACAAGUUUGACUCGAGGUAAAACUUCUUCGUUAUUGAAGUAUCCUGCUGUUUCUUCUGUAUCAUGUCUUAACUUCCAUAAAAUAUCAAAUGAAAAACGAAUUGCCCCUUCAGAACCCAAGGUAAAACUGACUGAUGCAGUACGACAUUUUUCCAUAACCCAACCUAAACUUUCUGGACAUGGUGACCAUUCCAAACUGUGGGUCUAUGAACGAUAUGUGUCAGCAGCAUUACUGGGUAUUGUUCCUCUUGGUUUAAUGAUGCCGAACAUACUCUUUGAUCUCUUGAUUGCAGUAGCCAGUGUCAUGCAUAUGCAUUGGGGUAUUGAAGCUAUUGUUAUAGACUACAUCCGCCCAAUCAUUUUUGGUAAUUUGAUAUCAAAAUUAGCGGUCUACUUUGUCUAUCUCCUUUCAAUAUUUACCUUGGUUGGUCUUUUGAAUCUUACUUUCAACAAUUGUGGCCUUGCUAAUAGCAUCAAGCUUCUUUGGAGAAUAAACAAACAAGAAUAGAAGUAAUAUUUAACUCAAGAGUAAUCAAUAUAUACAUAAUGAAAACUUUUUUUUUUCCUUUUUCGAUAUUAUAAUAUUUAUUUAUUUUUUCCUGUACAAAUAAUUUAUUUAAUGUGGCUGUUUUAAAAUUGUUGUAAAUAAAGUUGUUUUGCUUAAAUACUUGAAA